AUGCUCCGAACGCUCACGCUACUGGCGAUCUCCGGUGUCAUUUACAGCUGCUCCGCCUACGUCCACCUACCGGAACGCGGACCUUUCGACGAAUUGAGCUCAGAUGAGAUCUAUAACGCCUUCACCAAUCUUGCUAAAUUCCUGCACAAAAAACUUGUUGAUGGAUACUUUUUUCUAUCCUUUGACACAAAUCUCAGCUCUAUUCAGAAGCAUUAUCUCACUAGAGCACUGUACGUUGCAUUAGAGGUACCUCCCAAGCACAGACGUGACGGAAAUCGUUUCACACGCCUUGCCAGGGUUGCACUCUACACCCCUGCUUCAGGCUACGUGUAUGAGUACCUUGUAGGUACCACACAGUUCAAUGCAACCUUUACAGAAGCACGAAGACUUCCUGCUUUGAAACGGCCUGUGGAUGAGAUUGAGACAAAGGCACUGAAUCGCUUCCUUCAUCAAACAUGCAGUGACGAGUUCGGUCGAUUUCUAAAGCUGUACUACGGCGCUACGUUCAUGCAUAAAGAAGAUGGCCAGUUUGGGGUGCCAGAUUGUGCGCGAACAGUGGAAAGUGAAGCUGGCAAGAAAACCCCUCCCUCCGCCUUCUAUUCCUGUCUGUUUGCCAUGUUCGCAUCUCCUAGGGUGACUUUGCGAAGGCCCAGUAGGCGCGUUUCAGUGUUUCGACUGAAUAGAUUUGUACCACCGUACAAUCAACAUCCAACUGAUGUACAUAUAGAGGUUAGUUCAGAUCCAAUUAACUAUGCUACUCGGUUCGCUCUCCAUCUGCAGGUCGACCAUACUGAUGACGACCAGUCUCUUUGGAAGAUUUGCGGACUGAGCAUACAGGGCCAUCGAUUUAAUAGUAUGGAAGAAUUCUUGUCAAUCAGGUCCACAUGGUCAAAGCUCUUUGUUCCCAAAAUCAUCUUCACGAGCCCAUUCACGGACAGCCAUACGAGGCUGCGCAGUGGACUCUGUCCGCGUAGUCGCGUCAUGAGAACUGCUUUCACAUCAUUACAGGGCACAAUUGUGAACAAGCAUAUAUCCUACGGCCCGUGGCAAUUUGAUGUCGCGGUCCGCCAUGAAACCGGUAUCCGUUUUUAUAAUGUCUACUUCAACCAUCAAUUACUGAUGCAUGAGGCUGGACUAGACGAGACUGUGACCAUUUAUGGCGGAGAGACACCCUUUAUGCGUACUCUCACGUCGGUGGAAUCCAUGUUCGGCAUUGGUUCAUUAACCUCGGAAUUGUCACCCGGUAUAGACUGUCCUGAUGAUGCGGUCUUUCUCUCUGUUCCCGUCAUUCUGAGUCCGUCUGUGGGUGCAAGGAUAGUGCACAAUGGGAUCUGUAUUUACGCCUCGGCCGCAAGCGUGCAUGAAGGUGCAUUGCGUCGAUACGUUGAGCCGCAUGGGGAAAAUUUAGUGCAACCGGACCCCGGAUAUGCUACAGGAACGGUUGAGAAGGCGCUCUACGUGGUGACUCAGGCCGCCAUCUUUAAUUACCAUUAUGCCUUUGUAAACAUCUUUUCGGCAAGCGGUACCUACGCUAGUUACGUCGUUCCCUCAGGUUACAUCCACGUGGAUGUACCCUUAUCUACAGAUCCUCUUUUUGGGUAUGUAAUUCCCAGGCUUGAUCUGCGUUUCAGCCUACACACUCAUCACUUUCUCUUCUUCAUCGACGCAUUGGGAGUCAACAACACUGUAGAAAGGAUGCAGGUUUACGCAGAAGGACAGAAGGAUAGAGUGGAUAGCAUGAGCAUGAAAGUGACGAAGGUGAAGACAGAACGCGAGGGCAAAUUUCAAUGUGGGGAUCCAACCAUCCAACUAGCUAUCUGUUCGAAUGGUACAACGGAUGGAGUAAACUCUCAGUGUCUGCACAUCACCAAUACUUCACCAGUACCGUCACUGGUGUCGUACAAUUCGUCUCGCUCGUUCGCCUGGAUUCGGCAGAGCCUGUGGUUCACCAAAUACAAAGAGGAUGAACUGCGUGCCUCAUCCAUCUACAACGGCGUUGACUUAACAGAUCCCCUCGUCGACUUCACUGCCUUCAGUACCGAUGAGUCCCUAGAUGAUGAUGUGGUAAUGUGGGUAAACGUGGGAUUCAUUCACGUCCCAGUGAGUGAGGACAUACCCCAAACACCGAACAAGGGUAGUCAACUGGGACUUAUUUUGAGGCCCCAGAACUUCUUUCUACAAACUCCCGACGGCCCCGCAAAUGCGGCCUACGUCUUCACUACCGAUGUAAGUGUGCCUUAUGCCGACUCUUUAUAG